UAAUGAUAUCAGGAGGACGGCCCCUGUAUUCGCGGCCCAAUAAAAAAUGGACCCAAUGCCGACACCUGCUUAUAAACACAGGAAGGAGUCCAAAGUCCUAAAUUCUCCGUGAAGUCGGUGUUGGGAGUGAGCGCGCGGGCCACAGCAUGACCUCCAGCGCAGUGCAGCUCCCCGGCGGGCUGAAGGCGGACCCCGCGGCGCUCAUGGCAUCCCUGCAGCUAAUGCCCUCACCCGUGCCCAACCCGGAGAUCAAGUACACCAAGAUUUUCAUCAAUAACGAAUGGCACGAUUCGGUGAGCGGGAAAACGUUCUCCACAUACAACCCUUCCACAGGGGAGAAAAUCUGUGACAUACAAGAGGCUGACAAGGCGGAUGUGGAUAAAGCAGUCCAGGCUGCUCGUUUGGCCUUCUCUCUGGGAUCAGUAUGGAGGAGGAUGGACUCGUCUGACAGAGGGAGGCUGCUUUCUAAGCUGGCAGAUCUGGUGGAGCGUGACCGUGCCUACCUCGCUACCCUGGAGUCUUUGGACAGCGGCAAGCCUUUCCUCUCCUCCUUCUUUGUGGACCUUCAGGGAACAAUAAAGACGCUGCGAUAUUUUGCUGGAUGGGCUGACAAGAUCCACGGCUCCUCCAUUCCAACCGAUGGAGGGUAUUUAUCAUUCACCAGACAUGAACCAGUUGGAGUGUGUGGACAAAUUAUCCCAUGGAAUUUCCCCUUGAUGAUGACGGCGUGGAAGCUGGGGCCAGCUCUUUGCUGCGGGAACACAGUGGUCCUGAAGCCAGCCGAACAGACCCCCCUCACCUGCCUCUACAUGGGCGCGCUGAUCAAAGAGGCUGGUUUUCCACCAGGGGUGGUCAAUAUUUUGCCAGGCUUCGGGCCAACAGCAGGAGCCGGCAUUGCCUCACACAUGGGCAUAGACAAAGUGGCUUUCACUGGGUCGACAGAGGUUGGCAAGCUGAUCCAAGAAGCAGCUGGAAAGAGCAAUCUGAAGAGACUCACUCUGGAGCUGGGGGGCAAGAAUCCCAACAUCAUUUUUGCAGACGCUGAUUUGGAUCUGGCAGUGGAGCAGGCUCACCAGGGUGUGUUCUUUAACAGCGGACAGUGCUGUACGGCAGGUUCCCGUAUCUAUGUGGAAGAGCCCAUCUAUGACGAGUUUGUGCGCAGGAGUGUAGAAAGAGCGAAGAGGAGGAUAGUGGGAAGCCCGUUUGACCCCACCACUGAACAGGGUCCUCAGAUCAGUGUUGAGCACCAAAGGCGUGUGUUGGAGUUCAUUGAGAGUGGCAUCAAUGAGGGAGCGAAACUGGAGUGUGGAGGGAAAGCCCCCUUCUCCAAAGGCUACUACAUCCAGCCUACUGUCUUCUCCAAUGUGCAGGACCACAUGCGCAUUGCCAAAGAGGAGAUCUUUGGGCCAGUUCAGCAGAUUAUGAAGUUUAAGACGAUUGAGGAAGUCAUCGAGAGAGCCAACAACACAGAGUAUGGCCUGACUGCUGCUGUCUUCACCAAUGACAUCAACAAAGCCAUGGCCAUCUCCACAGCUGUGCAAGCGGGCACUGUUUGGGUAAACUGCUUUAAUGCAUUAAGCUGCCAGUGUCCUUUUGGAGGAUUUAAAAUGUCAGGCAAUGGACGUGAACUGGGUGAGUAUGGCUUGAGGGAGUACACAGAGGUGAAGACCAUCACAGUGAAGAUGCCAGGGAUAAACUCAUAAACUUACACACGCAUUUCUAAUGGAAGAAGGACUUCCUCUGGGCUUAUCACUGACCCCAAGCCUCUUCAUCGUCCACUAACCCAGCAUCACCAUUUCCAUCUUCAUCUCCAUCUGGCAGCACCUCUAUAACUUCAGCAUCCACUAGCUGCCUUCAUGGACACUUUAACUCCCAGUAGUGGCCUCCCUUCGCCGGCUCCAUUAACCAUACUAAAGCACUCGGAGAUGGCGAGGGAGGAGGAUCACACUAUAAACCACUCCACCUCCAACAUCCCGACACUAACAGACUGAAACAUGUGGCUAUAAGGCUCGAACCUCACACACAACUUCUCUUUGCUCUGAUUCACUGGGUAAAAUCUGCAACUGCCUUUCAGUUUUUUUUUACUAAGACCACUGAAGCUAUCUGUCGUAGCAGUUGAAAGGACAGAUGUGAUCUUUUUUUUUAUUAAGUAUUAAUUUUAAAAUGUAAUUGUUUAAUUGUUCUGUGUUUUGCUGUUUUUGUUUUAUGGCGUAUAGCUCUGUAUGUCAACGUGUUGACCAAUGUAAACAGAAAUGGUUUACCUCAGAAACAAAAAAAGAAACGUUAAUAUGAGAAAUGCAUUUUACACAAAUGAUUACUCAUUGGUGUCCAUUUAUUUUCUUUCUUAAACAAUUAUUUACUAUGAAAAUAGAAAGUAAGAUAUAAAAAUGACUAUAGUUUUGUUUUCCAUCAUUAAAAAAAUUCAUUUCAAAAA